AUGGCUGAUGAGCAAAAGGUCUUCAUCCCGCCCAAGCGGGUGAACACAGACUACCCGAUUAUCGAUACAGAUCCCCACUGGAGAAGAGCAUUUGGAUAUGCAAGGAAAGAAGAUUGGCUAUACGGAGCCGGAAUGGCAGCCGUAGCUCCGGCUUUCAUGCUCAUGACCGAACGAUACGCUCCCUCUUUUGCGGGCAGAGGUGCUUUUCCCAUGGCCUUCAGACUCGGUUGUGCCGUUGGUAUAUUAGCAGGCGCAGGAUUGGUAUACCAGAGGAGUUGCUUGAGGUUCUACGGCUGGACGGAAAACGAGCGAGAAGUCAAGAUGGAUAUGAGGGAGAUGGUCGAUAAAGUGAAGAGGGGGGAGCCGCUUUAUGGCAAGUCGGACCUCACUCCAUACAUGCAAGGUGUCGCGGCGCGAAACAGCAGAUACUCAGCAUUGAUGGCAAAUGUGGUACCAUGGGCAAAUUUCGUUAACCACAAUCAGCACGGUGUGGACACAGCCAAGUAUUACCAGCAAGCAGAGCGGGAGUUGGAAGCUGAGAGGCUAUCAAAAAGCGGCAAGUGA